CAACAAAAGCUAAAACCAAAAUCCGAUUUCCCCAUACUUAGAGGUCAAGAGAAAUAAAAUAUUUUUCCGGCGACGCAAUGGCUUCUUACUCCGGUUGUUUCUUCGUCGUUACUUUGGCAGUUCUGUCACAAUUUCUCUUAGCCCCAGCUUCAGCCUUGGUCAACAGGGAAUACAUCGAUUCCAAUUGCCAAAGAGUCAAAAACAAAGCCUUCUGCAUCCAAACUUUGACCACCUAUCCUCCUGCCGCUGCUGCCACCGGCCUGUUACCAUUGGCUGAGGCCGUGGUUGGCCUUGCAAUAUCCCACUGCGAGAAGACAGCUGGUUUCGCAGCAGAGACAGCCAAAAAGGACGCAACAUUGAAGACUCAGUUCAACGAGUGCCACGACGCCUAUGUUGGUAUUUUGGCGUCUCUAAAGAGCGCUCUACUGGAACUCAAGGACUCACCAGACACUGCCAACUACGACGUCAUGGUUUCUGGCGAUGAUACAAGGCGUGUGAAGGGUUUGGUCGAGAAAAACACUGACACUGCUUCCAAGACGCUUAUGGAGAUGACACUGCAGAUGGAGCAGCUUCUUGAUCUCGCUGCUGGAGCCACCGAUGCUGCUGACGACGACGAUGAGAACUUACAUCGUCGUGCUUGAAGUUUGAAACUAAGUUGGGUUUUGUUUUCGGUUUUCGGUUUACUUUUGUUAUAAAAAAAUAUGAAUGGAUUCAAAUGACAUAUAUAUAAAUUUUUAUAUGUCACUGUCACUGAUAAUUGAAUCUUAGGAUAAUUUCAAAUUGUAAUAUUUGUUAAUUUCGAAGCAAGUAAUUUCUAUACAUGCGAGCAUAAAUACGUGAGAGCUAUUAACUUGAGAUUUUAGGUUUGGGAAUUUAAUGGAAAGUGCCUAAUUUAACC